GCUUAUUAAGCACAUACAGAAACAAACUUCAAAACAAGACUUUCAUCUGACAAAUAAAAUACAAGGAAUUACUCAAAAACAGCUUAUCAAUAUGGACUUCGAGGAUGAGGAGGAGGCUGUGCAGCCGCACUAUGCGCAGAAAUUCCGGGCUCCAACCGAUCCCAUCCUGCUGGCUUCUUAUGAGCUCUUUAAGCCCUCACCGCAGACUUUGAACCUGUACAGCGAGCGGAACCGUGAGAUUUUUGCAGAGGCCUUCAUCGAGGGAAACUUGGACACCCUGGGAAAUCUAUGCGUUAAGAGUCUGGCCAAGCUGGGCAUCCGGGGUAUGUCACCCACUUUGCUGGCGAGUCCGCAGCUUAUGAGGAUAUUUUACGACGCCCUGGAUGUUGAGUUACCUUUGAGGGACUGCUAUUUGAUCGAGGACCAGCGCUUUUGGCGACGCGUGGUGCUGAGCAAGACGCUGGACAAGACGCUGCACCUGAAGCGCUGGUACGAGUUCGACUGGAAGUCGGAGGGCGUGAGCCGGAAGUUUGUUGAGCAGGUUGAGUCCUGCCCCGUGAACGUGAAGCCGGAGAAGAGGCUGGCCCAGUUGGCCGAGAAGGUUUGGGAGUACGUGAACGCCAUGCACGUCCGCAAGCUGCAGGCGCUGCCCGACUACGCCUUCUCCAAGUAUCUCGAGAGCGAUCCCGAGGAAGACAUAACCUCCGAGUCCUCGGACGAGGAGGAGAUCUCCAGCGAUGAGCCCGACACGGAUCUGGGCAUAGAUGGCGAGGGCGAGGAGGAGCAGGAGUCCAGUUCAAGUAGCGUGGGCAUUACUUUCUGGCGAGCGGAGUCCGAGAACGAGGACACGAUGCGCAAGAAUGCGCGACGCCUGCGCAAUGCCAAUCGCCAACAGGCUCGAGAUGCCAUUGCCCGGAAGCGGGCGGAUCGCGAGGAGCACAAAAUGAGGCGCCAGGAGAAACUCUACGCCCUAAAAAACCCGGACCCUUCGGCCAAGAAGAAAAAGAAAAAGAAGGAGCCACCCAUGCAAGACGUGUUCAGUAUAAAUGUACCUCCCGAAGUUCCCGAUGACGAGGAUACAAAGCCCGACAAGCGCAACAAGCAGCUGAUGCUGGAGCGGAUCAAGCGCUACGACUAUCCAGAUGUCAACUGCCAUCACAUCGACCUGGGGUUUGUGCGCUUCUUCCAAAAUAUGGUGUCGUUCACACUGGAGUUUUUGGGACCACCGGAAGUAAAAGACUAUCACAGCCGCUUUCUAAAAUUCUCUGACGGUGAUAUGGUGCGUCUGAGCAGAGGGUUACGCUGUUUGCCCAACCUACAGAUUUUUAGGCUGCGAAACAGCCGCUUAAAUCUCAAGAAGUUCCGCAUCUUGGCGCGUGCUCUGCAGACCUUGGAUUCUCUGGAAGAGGUGGACUUCGGCUACGCCCUUAUGACGGAUGAUUGCAGUGAAGGGCUGUCCUAUUUGCUGAAGCGCCCCAGGAUGUACCGCGCUAUCCAGCUUGAGUACAAUCGACUGGGCUCUAAUUCAGCGGUGGUGCUGGGCGAAGCCUUGACCCAAUCCCAGGAGGGGGUUUUGGAGUAUCUGGGCCUGGCCCAUAAUCCGCUUAACGAGGUGGCCUUGCACUCGCUCAUCACGAGUAUUGUCGGCACCCCGCACGUGAUGGCCCUCAAUAUCUCGGGCACCGACACCACCCAUGGCCUGUUUGCUCGGGAUAUAGGCACUCUGUUGCGCAGUCACACACCUCUGAUCAGCCUCGAAAUGUCCGCCAUAAACAUAGGAGUCAACCAAGGAAAUCUGAUACUAAGGUCUCUGGAGAAGAACACGAAGGUCUUGUACGCGGACUUGCGGGAGUGUGAUCUGAACGAAGAUCAGGAGUUCGAGGUGGACAUAAUUGUGCGUCGUAAUAACUACAUACAUGAGAACCUACACCACGGCGAGAAUCUGUGUGCGGUGGUCAAGGAGCGACGUCAUCCGAUUGUCCAGCGGAUCGAGGAGGACCUAGCGAGGCGCAAGGAGUGCCUGGAAGUGCGGCCCAAGUUCUCGAGCUCCAGCGAGGAGUCCAUUCCCGAGGUGGUGGAGGAAAAGAAGGAGGUGGAGGAGGAGCGGGAUAUCUGGGCCCUGCUGGCUCGCUGGAACCAACCAGCUCAGCCUGAGGCGGCUGUUGCCGAGGCCCCGAAGGAAUCUCCCAGGCCUUCGAUGGCCAAGCCACCGCCCUUUGUCUACGAGGCCAACAAGUUCGACCUGCAGCAGUUCCGGGAGUCUGUCUUUCUGCCGGGUCCUGGCAAUCGCUUUUUCUACCUGCAAAAGAACAAAACUCCCUAAUUUCUAGACGUUUUCACCACCAGUAAUUGCCUAACAUUGUACUCUGAGUAUAUUUUCAAAGCAUUAAACGGUCCGUUUAGCCGGCAACACAGUUCCUA